GGCCGAGGGAGGUGGCCGCGUGCCGUGCCUCAGGUGGCCAGCGAAGUCAACUCGGCGGGGAGAGCGGAGCCAUGCUGCGCCUCGCGGCCAAACUGGUGGCCUUUUUCUGGAGGAGGGAGGACGUCCCCGUGGAGAAGCCCGGGCAGCCGGAGCCGGAGCUCGCGGAAGGUGACACUAGGUUGAAAACUGUGCAGGGUGUCGUGACAAGGUACUGCAGUGAUUAUGGCAUGAUUGAUGACUUGAUCUACUUCUCCAAUGAGGCUGUGACUAGCAAAGUGCUUCUGAACGUUGGACAAGAAGUCAUUGCAGUUGUUGAAGAAAACAAAGUGUCAAAUGGACUGAAAGCAAUCAGGGUAGAAGCUGUGUCUGAUAAAUGGGAGGACGACAGCAAAAGCUAUGGCAGAGGGCUGUCCGACUCCAGUCCCCGGGUGCUGAUCGGUUGCGUGACUUCCCUGAUGGAAGGCACUGGCUAUAUUAGUCAGACCACGUACUUCUCUCUGGAGAGCGUGUGUGAAGGUUUCCAGCCGUGCAAAGGAGACUGGGUGGAGGCUGAGUACUGGAUCCGGCCAGGCACAUGGAGCAGUGAGGCCAUAUCAGUGAAGCCGCUGAGGUACAAGCGCAUGGACAAGGUCUGUGUCUCCAGCCUGUGUGGGAGGAAUGGGGUGCUGGAGGACAGCAUCUUCUUCAGCCUGGACUCCCUGAAGCUGCCGGAGGGGUACACGCCUCGGAGGCACGAUGUGGUCAACGCCGUGGUGGUGGAGAGCAGUCAGUCGUGUUACGUGUGGCGAGCGCUCUGUAUGACCCCUGUGAGGAGGAGAGACCCUGCUGCUGCUGAUGAAGCCUCAGAGGAGUCCUGGGGAGCCCUGCUGUUGAAAAACAAAGGCAACAUUGAAGUCACAAGGAUGACAGACUUUGGAACCCUGAAGGAAGGAGGAAGCAAAACCAUGGUGAUCUGCAUAGAGAAUAAAGGAGAUGUUCCUCAAAACCUAGUCAGCUGCAAACUGGCUGGCUGGGACAGAGCGCGGCAGUUCAGGGUUCAGACCCUGGACAAAGGCCACACCUGCCUGGACGAGUCUAUUCCAGAGAAGGAGGAGCAUUUUUCAGAUGACGAUGUCAAUGCGCUAAACAGCUACCAGAAAACCCGCAGUGAUGAGACACUGGAAAACACAGAAGUCUCUCCAGGUGGCUGUACCUGUGAAGAAGAAAGUAGAGAAAAAGAAAACAACCCAUCAAAGAAGCAGCUGACAGAGACCAACCCCGGGGGGCUCAUCCCUCCAGGGGGAAAAACCUUCAUUGCCAUUACGUGUGAAGCCAAGCACUCGGGCCGCUGCAGGGAACUGCUCCUGCUGUGCUUCUCCAGCUUCCUCAUCGGGCGGCACCUGGAAGUGAAUGUGGUCAGUGGCGAGGAGGCGCUGAUUGCCAUACGUGAGCCCUUCUCCUGGAAGAAGCCUAAAAGCUCCCAAGCAUUGGCCUCCACAAAGACGACUGUCGUGGUGACUACACAGAAGAGGAACUCGCGACGACAGCUCCCAAGCUUUCUUCCACAGUACCCGAUACCAGACAGGCUGAGAAGAUGUGUGGAGCACAAAGUGGACAUCCUGACCUUCCAGCCACUGCUUGCAGAGCUUUUGAACAUGUCAAACUAUAAGGAGAAGUUCUCUACUCUGCUGUGGUUGGAGGAGAUCCAUGCAGAAAUAGAACUGAAGGAGUACAACAUGAGCGGAGUCACCCUGAAGAGGAACGGGGACCUGCUGGUGCUGGAGGUUCCGGGGCUGGCGGAAAGCAGGCCCUCCCUAUAUGCAGGUGACAAACUGAUCUUAAAAUCCCAGGAGUACAACGGGCAUGUCAUUGAGUACAUUGGCUAUGUGAUCGAGAUUCACGAAGAAGAUGUAACUCUUAAACUUAAUCCAGAAUUUGAGCAGACGUACAACUUUGAACCUAUGGAUGUGGAGUUUACAUACAACAGGACCACAAGCAGACGGUCGCACUUUGCCCUGGAACAGGUGGUGCACUUGGGUGUGAAAGUGUUGUUUCCAGAAGAAAUCAUUUUGCAGUCUCCUCAGGUGACAGGGAACUGGAGCCAUGCCCAAGACACCAGGAGGAACAGAGAGCCCACCACCAAGAACAGGAAAACCGGGAAGGACCAAACUAAACAUGCCGGGAAACAGAGGCACACUGGGGCCAAGGACCUGCCAGGGGUGGCUGCCCUCACCAUAGAGACGAGCAGCCUGGCCGAUGAAACCCAGACCCCCAAAGCAAGAGACAGGGAGUUCUUCAACCCAGUGCUGAAUGAGAACCAGAAGCUGGCCGUGAGAAGGAUCCUCAGUGGCGACUGCCGCCCUCUCCCGUACGUCCUCUUUGGACCUCCUGGGACUGGGAAGACCGUGACCAUCAUCGAGGCGGUUCUGCAGGUACAUUAUGCUUUGCCGGACAGUCGGAUUUUGGUCUGUGCCCCCUCUAACAGUGCUGCUGACCUCGUGUGUUUGCGACUGCAUGAAAGCAAGAUGCUGAGACCAGCCGCCAUGGUCCGGGUUAACGCCACCUGCAGGUUUGAGGAGACCAUCAUUGAUGCCAUCAAGCCCUAUUGCAGAGACGGGGAGGAUAUCUGGAGAGCAUCGCGCUUCAGGAUAAUAAUCACAACGUGCAGCAGUGCGGGGCUGUUCUACCAGAUAGGAGUGAGAGUCGGACACUUCACCCACGUGUUCGUGGACGAGGCCGGGCAGGCGAGUGAGCCAGAGUGCCUCAUUCCUCUGGGGCUGAUCUCCGACGUCAGCGGCCAGAUUGUGCUUGCCGGAGACCCCAUGCAGCUUGGCCCCGUCAUCAAGUCCAGGCUGGCCAUGGCCUACGGGCUCAACGUGUCCAUGUUGGAGAGACUGAUGUCCCGUCCAGCGUACCUGCGUGACGAGAGUGCAUUCGGUGCUUGUGGCGCGUACAACCCCCUGCUGGUCACAAAAUUAGUGAAGAACUACAGAUCCCACUCGGCCCUGCUGGCGCUGCCCUCUCGGCUUUUCUAUCACAGGGAGCUUGAAGUCUGUGCAGACCCCAAAGUGGUGACCUCUUUACUGGGCUGGGAGAAGCUGCCCAAGAAAGGCUUCCCUCUCAUCUUCCACGGGGUGAGGGGCAGCGAGGCGCGGGAAGGAAGAAGCCCGUCAUGGUUCAACCCCGCCGAGGCUGUCCAGGUCAUGCGCUACUGCUGCCUGCUGGCCCGGAGCGUCUCCAGCCAGGUGUCUGCCAGGGACAUCGGUGUCAUCACGCCUUACCGGAAACAGGUGGAGAAAAUAAAAAUUCUUCUGCGAAAUGUUGAUUUGAUGGACAUAAAGGUUGGAUCAGUAGAGGAAUUUCAAGGGCAAGAAUAUUUGGUCAUUGUGAUUUCAACGGUGCGGUCAAAUGAAGACAGAUUUGAAGAUGAUCGCUAUUUUUUGGGCUUCCUGUCCAAUUCAAAAAGGUUCAAUGUUGCAAUCACCAGACCCAAAGCCUUGCUGAUUGUGCUGGGAAACCCGCAUGUGCUAGUCAGAGACCCCUGCUUCGGUGCCUUGUUGGAAUACAGUGUUACUAAUGGUGUGUACACCGGCUGUGAUCUGCCUCCCGAGCUGCAGGCUUUGCAGAACUGUGCCUAGAGAUGGUGGGUUUAGCCCCCAGUGCCAGCAUCUGCCAACAGAGGAGCCGGGCCCACUGGAAGCAUAGCAGCCUGUGUGCAGGGGACUGUGCACCUCAUGCUAUGGGCCCGAGACCCUGCCUGCCCGUGUUCCUGUUUCUGCCUGUCCUGCAAAUCCUGUGGCCCCUUGUCUUACAGCCGUGGACAUUGGUAUGGGCAGCAGCUGAUCCUGCUCUGGCUGCUGACCUUGGCACACACCAGCAUGUUCCUGCCAUUUGGCAGUCACUGCUGCUACCUCCCCCCCAAUAAAUACUUUGGUGACCCCUAA